ACCAGGGAAAGGGGCCUUGUGGCUGUGCGACAAGUUCGAUCAAGCCACCGCCACGUUGCGCGUUGGUGCUAGUCCCAAAUAGUGGCGUCGAUCUCCCGCGCAUGAGUUGCCGAAUUCGGCCAUCAGAACCAGAAGUAGAUAAACUUUCGCUCCAUUCUGCAGACCGCCCACAAGAAUUGAUUUCAAUAGUUUGACAACCCCCCUGAACCUGUCUCUAUAUCCACGGACCUACUUUCGGAAAGAGAACGUCAGAAGGAAAGAAAAAGAAGAAGCAGGCAUGUUAUAGCCUUCGAAAGAUCACCAGCAAAGAUGAACGCGACUGACCGGUCGCCACUCUUCGUUGUCGAAGAGGUCCUCUGUGCCUACCCUAUCAGCACGAGCUAUGACUCGUGUCCACGAUAUCUCUUCUAUGCUUUGCUCCUGGCAGUUUGUGUCACACGCUGGACCGGCUGGCUGGCAGAUGUCUUCCUCGGUGCCGCAGCUACCUAUGCCGGGACAGCUGCCAUUCAAGCGUUCAUCCUGGUCUCCAGUCCCACCAAACACCCUACUCCACAAAACGUGUCUAUUCCCUGGAUUCCGGACAAUACCAGCCUGUGGGAUGACUUUCCGGCCCUGGUCACCGAGACCAACGAAAUUGAGAUCAGUCCCGCGGCUAUAGAACUAGACGCAGACGCCGUGCUUUCCAUCGUGGUGACUGCAUAUCUCGUAUUCUUGCCGCUCCAAUGCUGGUCUCGUGUAUUCGCCAAAGAACGGAUCAGCUCGAUUAUAUUUACGCUCUGGAAUGUUCUUAUGUUUGCCGGAUCGAUAUGCUCCCUGGUCUACUGGCCCAGACUGAAAAAGACCCCAAUUCAGUACGCCUUCUGCUUGCCACAGCUUCCUCCGAUAUCACCUGUUUCAAGUGAUGGAUGGGAGUCCUGGCAGCUCACAUCGACCUGGAAUAAUAGUGUGUGGGAUCUCUUUAGCAAUGACUCGUUGCUGCUUCAACUGAAUGAUGUCUGCUUCUACCCAUGUUUCAACACUACCCAGGUGCUACGCCAGCAAACCUCGUUACAGGUGUCUGUAGCAGCGGGGGAUAAUAGAUUCACGAAGCGCCACCGAUUUUGGGGCAAGGUAAUCUACUCUCAGCGGUACAUCUAUAGCCUGGUCGCUCUCAGCAUGGUGCUGAAUGUCCUCUUGAUGCUGGUCAGGGUAUUGCCGUAUCACUCUAGAGUCCCUUCAUCGCGAGUAUGGGAGAUCUGGAAGGAGAGAAAGAACAUCCUUAGGGGCUUGAAAGAAGACUUCUACGCCGCAAUUCAUACAUCAAGGGACAGCCGGGAAACUAUGGUGGAGAAGACACGAACGAAACUACCACUGCGGAAACGGAUAUCGCGAUUUUUCACCCUACGAGUGCUGGGGUUGUGGGCCAAGGUGACCUUUGAUGUCGUUAUUAUUGGUGCCGUAGUAUUCAGCAUUGUUAUCAGUCCACUCACUGUUAUCGCCUUCGUGGCCUGGAUCGAAUAUUAUAUCCGUCACGAUGGGCCGUCCCAAGAGACACCACAACAGGUCGGCCAGUGGUCGCCUCUAGUGUCCAUUGCGCUGUUGAGUAUCUCUGCUGCAAUUCACAAGUUGAAGUACCGGGUGGCGCCUCGCCGUGAGAUUGAACAAGAUAUUGAAGAGCUGAAAAAGGAACUCGAACGUCUGGAGAAUUUAAGAGAUGAAAAGUCUAACACGCGAGAGUUCCAUUCUCUUCAUUCUCUUCGGGAUCGUUUUAGUACAGAGGGGCAACAUUACGAAUCCAACCAGUUAGAAUAGCAAUCGGCAUAAUGAUAUUUGUUGUUCGGAGAAUAUCCUCUAGCGAAACCAUCGUCCAUUCCGCUGGCCUCUAACUCAGCGAGCGUCAAUUGAAUUUACCCCUAGUGUUUUUUCUACUAGCCCUGAAGUCGGACCUCGUUUCGGACGCUAUAUGGAGAUAGAAGAUACUGAUCAGCCCAGCUUUCGGUACAGAGAAUCUGGUUGCCUGGCAAGAUUCAUGCAACCAGCGAGACGUUGAUAUAUUGUUAUGAUUCCUCGACUGGAGAGGAAUGCAGUGCAAUUCCGAAAGCUUGUUUAUUCUAAGCAUGACCCACAAUUCCUGUGUUCAGCUCAGCCCAGGAGCUUUUCCCAUCCCAUAACCGCACUGUGACCGAAGUAGUAAACAUGCAUGAUCUUCACUUGGUGUCGAAACAGACAAUAUUAUAGUUAAAUAAGGAAUAAAAAAGCGGAUAUCAUACUCUACUAGUGUAUCUAAAAUUCCAUUUAAAACGGGCUUUUGUCUCUUGCAAUACCG